GAUACCAUUGAGUUUCUUUUUUUUUCUCACUGAUUAUCCACAAAUUAUGAAUACACAUAAUGCGAAGAGAAAGUCAAAUAUAUUGCCUUUGCACAUAGACACAACCUCAUUUACAGAACGGCAAUCGAAAAGCAAUACAUACUCAUCAUUUUGGAGACGAGCCAACAAAAGACAGCUACCCGUACUUAUACUUUUGACCAUGCUGUUUUUCAGUUUGUUCCUUAACUUUAUACAACAUAAUCAGAAAGCCUCACAAGCACCAGAUCUGAUAUAUAAUUCGCACGAUCCGUUACCGCCAAUACCUUUGACCGAAAAUUCGCAUGCCAUCAUUAUCGCUGGUCACGCCAUUUAUACAGGUGCACCAACACCAGAUGACAUUUAUAAAGAAGACAAUUGGGUGCUGGAGCCUUAUCAAAAACGAGGCAGACAAAUAAACACUUUUAUAGAACAUAUACAGAAAGGCAUUGAUCUAUUAAGACACGAUUUGAAGGCUGUGCUAAUAUUUUCUGGUGGAGAGACAAGACCCAAUGCAGGCCCUCGAUCAGAAUCGUUGUCUUAUUGGCAAAUUGCUCGAAUAUUAUUAGACAGUAAUACUGAAUUAUCAGCUGAGGAAAAGUCUCGACUCAGCGAAAGAAUGAUAACAGAAGAAUAUGCGAGGGACUCAUUCGAAAAUAUGCUGUUUUCUAUCUGUCGGUUUUCAGAAAUGUUAGGCAACUAUCCUACAAAAAUUACUGUCGUCGGCUUCGAGUUUAAGCGAAAGCGAUUUGAGGACCUUCACAGGCACGCAAUUCAGUACCCUUUAGAGUCAUUUCACUAUAUCGGAAUUGACCCCAAAAUUGAGGAUCCGGCAAGGGAGGAAGGCGAACUUUUGAACUCUUACAAACCUUUUGAAAAGGAUCUAUAUGGAUGCCAUGGCAUUUUGAAGCAAAAGCGAAUUAUAAGAAAUCCAUUCCGUAGAAGACAUGCCUAUGCUGCUUCUUGUCCAGUUUUAGCACCAUUAAUCAACUAUUGUCCAUCAAACAAUGCACUGUAUAAGGGGCCUUUACCUUGGACAUCGGCACCCUAGGGGACGACCAUUUUCCUGUCAAUCCCAUCUAUUUUUUAUUACUACCUUUACUAAUACCUUCUCCUUUGUUUCUGGCAUUCUAGCACUAUUUUAUACACUAUAUCCAAUUUGUCUUACGAAAGUACUUUCUACUUACUAUUUAUCUUCAUAAUAAUCUUAGACAUAUUUGACUUUGUCGAAGCUUUAAAAUAUGCAUAUUACUUCCGGAUCAAUAAACCUCAAAUAGUUGUUGACUUAUACAACAUAUUACCAGAG